UGACUCAAUCCUGAUAGCAUUCCUCUCCAUCCAAAAUCUCCCCAACUGGAUCGGUCUCUCAUUAUUCUUGGACACGUUUAGCGCGUUGUUGUCAAGUCUCGCACAGUUCAGUUGUGGCUUGUCUCGUCUCCUUGAAACCAAUCAAUCGGUCUCCUCCAAAGUUUCCAAGGACGAGAAAGUGGCAAAGCAAACUGGCUAGCUAGCAGGAACAAAGUGAGAGUCUGAAGCUUGUUCCGAAGAUUCGAUUGGAUAACCACACCAAAAAUCCACCAUGCCAAGUAAAGAACCCAAGAAAGAUCCGUCUACGGACGACAAGCCGGAAGAGAAAGAAGCCGACAAGAAGACCUUGAAAGACGAAGAUAAGAAAGAAGAUUCUGACAAGAAAGACGAAGACGAAAAGGAAGGUACUCCCGAGAAGGAGGAGUAUGACGAAGAAGUCAUCAAAUCCGUGGCCGAACGCCUCAGAUUCUUCUUUUCGGAUGCCAAUGUGCGACAAGAUUUCUUCAUUCGCAAGUACCUGAUUGUGAAGGAAGGCGCUUUGGUGGGGGACAGCAGUAUUUCGGCGGGUACCGUCCCCAUUGACGCUCUCUUGCGUUUUAAUACCAUCAAGAGAUUCACGGAAGAUCCUGCUGAUGUGAUCCAUGCCGUCAAAACCGUCCUCAGCGACAAACUCGUUGUCAAGGAUGAAGGCAAAUCCAUUGCUCGUGUCAAACCCUUUACACAAGAACUCAUGAACGACAACAUUCCCCUUUCGCUCUACGUCAAGAAUCUACCCACCAAACAAAACGACCGAAAGCAGGUUCUUUACGAUGUCCAAAUGGAAGAUGUACGAAAGCUAUUUGAAAGUUACGGCGAAGUCUCACUGGUCAAACUCCGAUUCAAACGAUCCCAGCAUUCGGAUGACGACAACCACACGGAUGACAUCAAAAUGGAGGACAAUGAAGGCAAAAGGCUGCCUCGUCGUCGUUUCCCCAUGGGCGAUUGCAUGGUGGAAUUCGAAGAAAAGGCGGCAUUGGAAAAGGCAGCCGAAGAUGUGAUUACCUCCAAGGAAGGCGCCGCUGUGGAACCCAAACGUAAACUUGAAAUGGGUGAAAAGACGCUGGAAGUGAUGUUGCUCAAGGAUUACUUGAAUGGGUUGAAAAAGAGAAAGCGCGACAAAGAUGACGACAAAAAAGGCGAGGACGACGGUGAUGCCUCCAAACUCACCAUUGACUGGAAACCAGGAUGUGUUGUCGGUCUCAAAGGACUACCGGAGAACUGCGACCGCGAAGCCAUCUUGCAAGCCGUCAUGAAAGGAUGUGAUAUCACCGAGGCGGUCCUAAAGGAAAAGAAGAUUUAUGCCGACUACUCGCGGGGCCAGAAAGAUGGAGCCAUUCGUUUUCCAGAACCCGAUCUUCCCAAGGUCCUUGUGGAAAAGCUCAAGAGUGGUGACGUCAAGAUUUGCGAUGCCAAGGUGGAAGAAGUGGAGGUCAAAGAAGGCGACGCCGAAAAGAAGUACUGGGAAGACUACACCCAGUUCAAAAGGAAUCAGAUGCGUCAUCGUCAGGAAGAAAAAAAGCAAAAGAAGAAGAGGUUUCGACGCAACAAGACGAUGUAGCCUCUCUUUCGUGCUGGACCGGGGCAUCUUUUAUUUCUUCUCAAUGUUUGGACACUUAUGUUUUGGACAAGUUUCAACCCUGGACUGUCCCUUGAAAAUAUACAUGAAGUAGACCGUAGGCGCCCGUGGAAGAGGCCCAUGGAUGAGUAUCAAUAGAUUCCUGGCCGUGACCACUUGCAUAGCAUGUUCCUUUUGUAUGAUCGAUGAUACCAAAAAUAAAUAGUUAUCACUUUGCAUGUGC